AUGAAAAUCUUCUAUUUUUCCUACAUUUCAGAUACUUUUCGUCAACAUCGAAGGUCUUCAAUCACAAUGAAUGACAGUGACUUUGUGGAGGCACACGAUGUGCCAAGAAAUGAGAGUCUGGCCAAGGUGGAGAUCGCGCUGCUCAGUGUCAUCUUCGUGAGCGCCGCCUUCCUCAACACCAGCCUGCUGCUCGUCCUGUGGAAACAGCGCAAACAGAUGUCCAGAAUGCGCGUCUUCGUGUUCCACCUGUGCCUGGCGGACCUGGUGGUCACUUUCUUCCAGGUGUGUCCGCAGCUUUUGUGGGACAUCACAGACAGGUUCGUCGGACCGGACUUGGUGUGCCGACUUGUGAAGUAUUUGCAAGUUCUCGGCAUGUUUUCAUCGACCUACAUGAUCGUGGUGAUGACAGUUGACAGGUACCAGGCUAUUUGCAACCCGAUGGUAAAGUUUCAGCGGACACGCACGAGACUAAAUGUCCCCGUGUGCGUUGCGUGGGGGAUUUCUCUGCUAGGCAGCUUGCCUCAGGUCUUCAUUUUCUCACAGGUGGAGGUUACACCGGGUGUGUUUGACUGCUGGGCUACAUUUAUCCAGCCAUGGGGGCUGCAGACUUACAUCACCUGGACCACGCUGGUCAUUUUUGUUUUACCCGUUAUCACAGUUGUUGUUUGCCAAGUGCGCAUCUGCCGAGCCAUCCAGAUCAACAUCUACCAAAAGACUCAGCAGAAAGGAACGAUGGGUUUGUCAUCCAGAGCCAGCGGUGUGGCCGGCAUGUCGAAAGCUAGAGUGAAAACACUGAAGAUGACGGUGGUCAUAGUACUCGCUUAUAUUGUCUGCUGGGCUCCGUUUUUCACUGUCCAGCUGUGGUCCGCGUGGGACAAGCAGGCGCCUAAAGAAACUGCUACUUUCACCAUCCUGAUGUUGCUUGCCAGCCUGAACAGCUGCGCGAAUCCCUGCAUUUACCUUUUGUUCAGCGGUCAGGUUCCCAAGAGGCUGGUGUCGCUCCUGUGCAGGAGGCAUUCAGGCGGAAAGGACUCAGUGCACGAGGAAGCGACGCUGGUCAGCACUUUGUAUCUAAGCUUAAAAAAUCCCCCCGAGUCCAAGUGAAGGUAGCGCAUUACUAAAAAUGGGAAACUCCUGCAGGGCAAACCGUGCAAAGUCUGCGCGCCUGGAUAUGCUGCCUCUCUGAAUUUUAGCCACCGUUUCAAAGGAUGAAGGCAACGCAUGCUGUAUGUUAUCUGACACAUAAAAAGAUAUAGUGUGUAGUAAAAAGCAGCCAGCAAAGGCGAGAGAGUGAGAACAACAUGCUGUUGGAUAACAGCAUCUGGAGAGACUAAACAACUGGUGUGGAUCAUCAAGCUGUUUGGAUAAAUCUUUUUUCUUUGAGAAAUAAAAUAUUCAUCCCAUUUAGUGGUACCUGAAUGAGCCAGUCUUUUCAGCCAGAUUGGAUUCAGCUGUAUAGUGUUUUGCAUACUGCCGUAUAUAGAAACAUUCCUUGAGUUGAUUUUACCAAUCUAAAGUAAAUAAAAUCUAUUCCUAGCUUUCCAAACAAAAGAUUAAAAGUAAGCAUAUGUGUUUCACUGAUGUAACAGAGAGGAAAUAGAGGCACACUUUAUGUUGGAACAAACUGUAUUUAAAGAUUGUGAAAUAUGUUUGUCAGCCCUUUAACUGUUUCUAUGGUGAAAACCUACUCAUUGUUCACAAAAUCACACGC